CGGCGGCGGUACGUCAGUUCUGGCCAUGAAGCGAUCCCAACCAUUGCACUCGCCCCCUCCAGAAGGCGAGAAACCGACCACCAGUGCUUCAACGGCGCCGCCGCCGCCGAAAGCUCCAGGUAGCAGUGCACUUAAAGCGAAUGCCGGCGGCCCGAGUACCAGUGGCGCCGGUGGCAGCGGCAGCACCAAGGGCCCGCCCAAGGGCAUCAGAAAGGAGACCAGCGCACCAGGCGGUGGCGGUGGUGGCAGUGGAGGCGGUGGCCGAGCGCAGACGGACGGGGCCGUUUCGCAGCUCCCCGAGGACACGAUCGCGGAGCUCCGCGAGGCGUUCGCGCUGUUUGACAAGGACGGCAACGGUGCGAUCAGCACCAAGGAACUGGGCACCAUGAUGCGCGCCCUCGGCCAGAACCCGACCGAGGCCGAGCUCAAAGACAUGGUCGCCGAGGUGGACACUGACGGCAACGGCACCGUCGAGUUUCCCGAGUUUCUCGCCAUGAUGACGAAGAAGACGCGCGCCGCGGAUACCGAAGAAGAGAUCCGCGAGGCGUUCAAGGUCUUCGACAGAGACGGGAACGGCUUCAUCACUGCAUCUGAGCUGCGCCACGUCAUGACGACCUUGGGCGAAAAAUUGACGAACGAAGAAGUAGACGCAAUGAUACGGGAAGCUGACACGGAUGGAGACGGCCAAAUCAACUAUGAUGAGUUUGUUGCACUAAUGACGUCGUCCUAA